AGAGGGGGGGGGAGGCUAACAUUCCUCUUUAUAUGCAUCUUUUGCUCUGCAGACGCGUGCGUGACAUAUCUGCUCCCGGAUUUCCCAUCAACUUUUCUUUUUUGUUGUUGCGGUUUUUAUACUGUUUUCAUUGUCGCAUUUCCUCCGUCCUCCGAGUCUUUGGAAUGAACCGUUUUCCCGCCUGCGUCGUUUCCAUGUCAGCAUGGGAACUGCCGUGUCCAAAAGGAAGAAUUUAAGAAACGAUGCGAUAUCCUCUGUGGCAGCAAAAGUUAGAGCAGCGCGAGCAUUUGGAGAGUACCUGUCCCACACACACCCUGAAAACCGAAACAGAUCAGCUCAUCCUUUGCGUGAAACCUUGGUGGGUCCAGACCAGGAGUCGCCAAGUGACACGACUGGCCCCAACAACAACAACCACCUCCAUCCCUGCUCCAACACCACCAAGGGCUGUGAGGACAACCGGGAGCCCAGUUUGGUGAAACCCCCGCUGGGCUUACUCCAGCCCCCUCCCCCUUCCAUCAUCAUCUCUACCAAAGCAUCGCGACUGUCCCUAGAGCGCAGCUUCUCAGCAGAGGAAGACCAGCAGAAGUGCGUUGAGUGCACUCUGCAGCCUGCCCGUGUGUACACCAUCACCAGCCAGCGGGGUAUGCUGAUGAGCAGUGGCCGGGGCAGCAAGGAGAGCCUAGAACUGGACGUCCUGAAGGAGAAGUCGGGGAGUGGCGGGGUGGGAUCCAGAGGUGGCUUGAUCCAGCCCUCCACUUCCCCUUCUUCCACCUCAUCGUCUCCAACCCAGUUCCACCAGGCCAGCAGUGGUCGUGGCAUCAGCCACCAUCACAGAAACCAUCACGACACGCACCACGGGAACCACCACCACAGCGUCUCGGGCACCAAUGCCCCUUCCAGUAGUGGAGGAAGUAGCGGGGCAAGUGGAAGCAGCAGUAGCAACCAGCAGCAGUCUUUAGCCGUCGCUGGAUCCCACUCCCAUCAUGGAUCACACCACCACGGCCACCACCAUCACCUGUCUCAACCCCCACUGCAGACCUCCGUCAGCGCCCACAACAUCCGCGGCUGGGGAGAGGGUGGAAAAGGGGAGGGGGAGUGCAGCGGGCUGGCCUGUGAGUCAUGCAGCAGCACCCCCUCGCGGAGCCAGGGCUCCCUGGACCUGGAGAGCGCGUCCCGAGAGGCAGGCAAGCAGCACCGACGCCUAGAGAGGAUGUGGAGUGUGGACCGGGUGACUGGUCUGGAGAGAGAGGACACUAACUGGUUUCCCAAGGAAAAUAUGUUCAGCUUUCAAACUGCCACAACAACCAUGCAGGCGAUAUCGGCUUUACGGAGAUUUGUGCAGAGAAAAAGGAGAGAGAGGGAGCAGGAUUCGGCAGAAGUCAUCCAGAGGAACUUCCGGAAGCAUCUUCGGAUGGUGGGCAGCAGGAGGAUGAAAGCACAGACAUUCGCUGAGCGUAGAUCGAAGAGUUUCAGCCGUUCCUGGAGUGAUCCCACCCCUUUCAAGACUGACUCUCCUCAUGAACCCAGAGACAGUGGAGACCUGCAGACCUCCUGUGGUACCUUGGAUGAAGGAGGCCUUGAUGACAAUAUAGACUGGGAGGAGGAGAGAGAGAUGGAGAGGCUGGCCUGUGAAGGAGAUGACUUUGUACCUCCCAAAAUCAUGCUGAUCUCUUCUAAGGUCCCAAAGGCGGAGUACGUUCCCACUAUAAUCCGCAGGGAUGACCCCUCCAUCAUCCCCAUCCUCUAUGACCACGAACAUGCAACGUUUGAUGAUAUUUUGGAGGAAAUAGAGAAAAAGCUCACAGCUUACAGGAGAGGAAGUAAGUUCUGGAGGAUGCUCAUCUUUUGUCAGGGAGGCCCUGGUCACCUGUAUUUACUAAAAAAUAAAGUGGCAACUUUUGCUAAGGUGGAAAAGGAGGAGGCCAUGAGCCAAUUCUGGAGGAGGCUUAGUCGCUUCAUGAGUAAAAUCAACCCAGAACCCAACAUCAUCCACAUAAUGGGAUGCUAUGUCCUGGGCAACCCCAACGGAGAGAAGCUGUUCCAGAAAUUGAAGAAUCUGAUGAGGCCUUAUUCUGUUGAGUUUGAGUCGCCGCUGGAGCUGUCUGCACAGGGCAAAGAGGUGAUUGAGUUGUACUUCGACUUCCGCCUCUACCGGCUUUGGAAGACACGGCAGCACUCCAAACUCUUGGAGUAUGAGGAAUUUUUGUGACGAAGAAACAUGGAUAAAUGAUCCAGUGUCACGAGGAACCAGUUAAAAACUGGUCCAAUGACUGAACAUUGCUCAACUAUAGUGCUCGACUCAAUAUAAACAUACCUGCUUUCAUUCUGGAGAGGACCGGGAGAGGAGGAAGAGGGAUGACAGGCAGGACAAGCACGCUGAAGACAAACUAAAUUAUGCUGUGCCUCUGCUCCUCCUCAUUUUCAGUGUAAGGAUCAAAGACUAACGGAAAGGGCCGAAGAAAUACACACAAAAGAAAAAAUGAGGAAAAAGCAGAGACAACUGUACUGUCCACAUCUUAGUCACCAAUUCCCUUUGCCUCUUGAGUUUGAAAGCAAAAGGAAAAGCAAAAAUUAAAAUGUGUAAAAAGCAAAUAUCAUUUUAGUCCCAUCUUUGUUGCAAAGACACACUUUUUGAGGCUGAUGCGCUUCAGAAAAAUCGCUCAUUCUGCCAUAAUGUGGUUCUGUGUUUUGACUGAACCUCUCAGAUGAUCUCAGACCCCCGGAGACAUACAUAUACAGGUACAUAAAUAAUCCAUAUGUCGAUGUGUGUAUAUAUCACAUGAAUAUAUUAGCAUAGCUUUAGUCAUGCAAAUAAUACUCUAUAUGAGAAUAAUGAUGCAUCAUUUAUUUUUGAUGUGCAUUGUUGUGCAGUUUCAUAUGGAAAUACUUUGGAAUAACUCAGGUUUUAGCCAUGAAGUAAUUAAUCUGUUUGUCUAUUCUAUCAAGAUAUUGUAAUCUUCAUCGCCAUUGCUUGGAAUGAAUGUAUUAUCUCUCUAGACAUGUAUCUUCUGUUUGAGGAAUUGAGCUUCAUGUUUUGGUAAAAAAAAAGAAAAAAAAGAAGAAAAAGAAAGUGCAGAUUUUGUGUGUGAGUGUGUGCGUUUUCCAUGUCAAAAAAAAGAAAACAUGCAGAUGUGUUGUGUGCAUUUUCUCUUUCUGCUAUUUUGUUGAAGCAAAAAUAAUUGUUUGUUUGUUGUAUCACCUUC